AUGUAUCAACAGCAGCAGCAGCCUGCUUCUCUGUCUCCGCUCGCCUGGACGUCGUCCAUCUCGCCGGCCGCACCUGCGGAGUCUCAGCCCCAGCCGCGUGACGCGCGCCACAGAGUCAUUCAUAGUGCUGACAGCGCUGACAGCACCGUCGGCCGCCGCGACGGCAACUAUGUCGGCACAAAAGUGCAGAGGCACGCGCCCCGUUGGUAUCUGCCAACGGCCCGCCGGUUCCGGGCCGACUUUACGCUCGGGUUCUCCGAUGGCUUGACGGUGCCCUUUGCCAUGACGGCUGGCCUCUCGUCACUGGGCCAGACAGACACGGUGAUUUAUGCCGGCAUGGCGGAGCUCACGGCGGGAUGCAUCAGCAUGGGCAUCGGCGGGUACCUGUCGGCACGGCAGGCAUCGACGCCACGUGCGAGCGAGAAGCAGGGCGAAGCCGACGACACCGACACCGACGCCGACAUGGCCACAGUGGCCACUCGCUACAUUGCACCGCUCGGUCUGCCGGCCCAUCUGCGCGACAUGGUGCUGGCCCACGUCGUGGAGCAUCCGGAGUCGGCCGAAGCCAUCUUGGUCAAGAAGGGCGAUGGACAUGCAGACGACGGUGACGAUGACGACGACGACUACGACUACGACUACGUCUGGCCCGUUGCCUCUGGGCUGUCCGUGGCCCUUGGCUACCUGGUGGGCGGCUUGAUUCCGCUGGGGCCUUACUUUUUUGUCAGGCAAGUCGGCGACGGCCUGCGGUGGAGCAUUGGUGUUUGCAUCGUUGCCCUCUUUCUGUUUGGCUUCGUCCAGGACGUCGCGCGGGACAGGGCCGCAGAGACGGCGAAGGCGAUGGCCACAGGGUCCACGCGGCGCCUGUGGAAGAGUAUUGGAGAAGGAGUCCAGAUGGUCGUUUUAGGCGGCAUCGCAGCCUCGGCAGCUGUGCUGUGUGUGCGUUUGUUUGACGACGCGAGUUCAUAA